UUUCGCUGUCACCUGAUCCCCGCGGCUGCUGGAAUGUCCUCCCGGGUGCUAUAUUAAGGGGGGGACAAGGAGCUGGCCCUCAGGACGAUGGCUGCGCGGAGAGGGGUGUAAGGCAGGAGCCGGGACGCGGUGCCGAGGUCCCCACGCCCCUCCACCACGAUGGUGGGUCUGAAGCCCCCCGAGGUGCCCCCGACGGCCGCCGUGAAGUUCGUCAGCGCCGGCAUGGCUGCCUGCAUCGCCGACCUCUGCACCUUCCCCCUGGACACCGCCAAAGUGCGGCUGCAGAUCCAGGGCGAGGUGCGGAUCCCCCGGAGCACCAGCACCGUGGAGUACCGGGGUGUUUUGGGGACACUGAGCACCAUGGUGAGGACGGAGGGACCCCGCAGCCUGUACAGCGGGCUGGUGGCCGGGCUGCAGCGGCAGAUGAGCUUCGCCUCCAUCCGCAUCGGGCUGUACGACUCGGUGAAGCAAUUCUACACCCCCAAGGGAGCCGAGAGCACAGGGCUGGCAGCACGGGUGCUGGCGGGCUGCACCACGGGGGCGGUGGCAGUGGCGUGCGCCCAGCCCACCGACGUGGUCAAGGUACGGUUCCAGGCCAACGGGGCGCUGCUGGAUGGUGCCCGCCGGUACAGCGGCACCAUGGAUGCCUACUGCACCAUCGCCAGGGAGGAGGGCGUCCGCGGGCUCUGGAGAGGGACGCUGCCCAAUAUCGCCCGCAACGCCAUUGUCAACUGCGGGGAGCUCGUCACCUAUGAUCUCAUUAAGGACGCACUGCUGCGGGCACAGCUGAUGACAGACAAUGUCCCCUGUCACUUUGUGGCUGCUUUUGGGGCUGGUUUCUGCGCCACGGUGGUGGCGUCACCGGUGGACGUGGUGAAGACACGGUACAUGAACGCCGGCCCCGGGCAGUACCGGAACGUGCUCAGCUGCCUCCUCGCCCUGCUCAUGCAGGACGGCCUCGCCGGCUUCUACAAGGGAUUCGUCCCUUCCUUCCUGCGGCUCGGCUCCUGGAACGUGGUGAUGUUCAUCUCCUACGAGCAGCUGCAGCGUGCCGUGGCGCUGGCACGGCCAGCCCAGUCCUGACUCCUCCCGCCCCGGCCCCUCUCGUCAGCGUUGGCGAGACACGAGAGUAAAUUAUAUUAAUUGCUGAAGCGGUGAGGGAGCAGCAACGCCAAACUCUCCCAGGUCGAUGGGGUCCCACUGAGAAGGACCGGCGAGAUGGAAGGAGAAAUGAUGUUGUUUGCGGAGAACUGUGGGAGAACGGAGGUUUCCAGAGAGAAGUUUAGGGAGGAAGAAAAAAAAUGUUUACAGUUUUUUUGGUCCAGCUGGGCAGCGCUUCGCUUCCCGGCAGCGGUGGGAACAAGGCGGGAGCAGCGCGGGCAGGUGGGACCGAGUCGAGGGCCGGGGGGAUGCGGUGAUUCCUGUUGUUCCUGACUAACGCUUCCAAUAAACCGCCCCUAUGGGGUCCGAUCGCAGCAGG